AUGCUCAGGAACCGUACCAUCGAUCGCAUGCUCUAUGCUGUUGACGACACGCUCGAUAUCAUCGGCGAGAUGCUCGAUAAGAGUGAUAACAAUCUCGAUGCGACCGAUAAGACCCUCGACACUAUCGGCAGGGAUGAUACGGUCUUCCAUCCUACGAAUACGAUAGACGAUAUGCCGCAUACGAUGGCUGAUGCGACUCACAUUACCGCCGAUAGCCUCGACAGCAACGAUGAGAGUCCCGAUGAGCUCCAUGAUGGGGUCGGCACUAUCGAGGCGAUCGAUACGGUCCAUAACGUGCUCCACACGCUCCAUGAGAGGCUCGGCACUAUCGUAGAUGCGCUCCAUACGCUCCAUGAUAGGCACGACACUAUCGACAGGUUCGAUACUAUUGAGGAAAUGCUCCGUGGUAUCAAAACGAGAGAUUAUGAGCCCCAUCAAUUUGAUGCUACGCUCCAUACCAAAGAUGAUACUAUCCUUACUGCCUAUCCUGGCUGUAACGUCCUUUGUAACCUUAUCGCCUUUAGUAGCCGCAGAGUCGUUAACUUCAUCUAA